AGUAUAAGUUUAGAUAGCGUGACUUGGUGUUGUUUUCUGUUUGUAUUUUAUUGAUUAAAAAGGUUCAAAAGCCGGUGAUGACUUACUACUUGUUUAGUUGAAAAGUUAAAAAAAGAAUCAUAUUAACCUGGUUUCAUUCCUAGAAAUAUCCGUCUAAAAAACAUAUUUUUCAAAAGUAGGUACAUAGAGUCACAAAGGAUAAUUCUGUGAGUUCGUGCCGGUGAAUCAUCAAAUCAUUACUUGCUUCUAAUUGAAGUGCGUGUUAAAGUGAGGACAGGAAUAUAAAAUGCCUCAUGUUUUUCAAUGAUUACAAACACAAUCGUUUUCAACACGACUGAAAAAAAAAAAAAAAUAAUUCAAGCAGAAUGAAUAUUAUUAAUUAAAUGUGCCAAAUCAAAGACAUUCCACUCCAUAUCAGCUCAUAUCUUUUCAAACAAUCAUAUUUUUUGUAAAUACUUUUGAAAACAUUGCUCAACACAAAAAUUUAAACAAAUAAUCGAAAUGGAUAAACGAAAUUUUGUAAGUCCUUUUGGACAACGCCCAUGGAUGGUGAAUUCAGGUGCUGCUGCACCUGCUGGACAAACCAAAGGCUUAAAGGGUAUUGUAGCUGGUGGUAUUACAGGAGGAAUCGAAAUUUGUAUUACAUUCCCAACGGAAUAUGUGAAAACACAAUUGCAAUUGGAUGAGAAAGGUGGAAAUAAACGCUACAACGGUAUCGCCGAUUGUGUUAAAAAGACAGUAAAAGAACGAGGUUUCUUUGGCCUUUACCGCGGGCUAAGUGUUCUUUUAUAUGGAAGUAUACCCAAAUCUGCAGCAAGAUUUGGAGCUUUUGAAUACUUCCGUGGAAACAUGGUCGACAGUAGAGGUCAAUUAAGUAAUUGUGGAAAAUUACUAUGUGGUUUGGGAGCGGGUAUAUGCGAAGCUAUUCUGGCUGUGACUCCAAUGGAGACAAUUAAAGUUAAGUUCAUCAACGACCAACGAAGUGCCAACCCACAAUACAAAGGAUUUGCUCAUGGUGUCAGAACCAUUGUUAAAAAUGAAGGUAUUUCUGGAAUCUACAAGGGUCUCACGCCAACCAUUCUUAAACAGGGAUCCAAUCAAGCCAUUCGAUUCUUUGUCGUCGAAAGUCUCAAGGAUCUGUAUAUGGGCGAUGAUCGAAGCAAGCCAGUUCCUAAACCAAUUGUUGGUCUAUUUGGUGCCAUUGCUGGUGCUGCAUCAGUAUUCGGUAAUACACCAUUGGACGUGGUGAAAACUCGUAUGCAAGGUCUCGAAGCAUCCAAGUAUAAAAACACUGUCGAUUGUGCUGUACAAAUUUGGAAGAAAGAAGGACCAUUUGCAUUCUACAAGGGCACAGUGCCCCGGCUGGGACGUGUGUGUCUCGAUGUUGGUAUUACAUUCAUGAUUUACGACUCGUUUAUGGACUUUUUCAACACAAUAUGGAAGUAAGGAGAGGCAUAGGGGGUCAUAGUGUGAUAUUUGGAGUUUGAGCUAAAUUAUGAGAUACUUAUAGAUAAGUUUAAGGUCCUAGUCGUUGAAUAUAAAUGAAAAACACCAACAAAAAAAGUCUACACACAAUUAAUCGACGAAAACUUAGCCAUGAUGCAGCAUUUUGUUUAUAAUUUUUUAAGCAGAAACUAAAAUAAAAAUCAGAAAAAAAAAAACAAUGAAAGCCAAUAACUUAUUUUUUUGAAACUAUUUAAAAAAAACAACACUAAAUUGUAAAUUUUUAGAAAAAAAAAUAAUUUUUUUCUAACAGCACCUAUAAUAUAAAUUAUGCUUUAAUGUUGUCAAAUCUUUUUAAAAGAACUGUCAAAGAAAAAAAUGUUUAAUUUUGUAAAAAUCUAAUACAAAGAAUAAUUUAAUGGAAAAUUAAUUAAAUAUCUAUACAAAAAUAAAUGCUUCAAUGUUUAUAUACAAAAGCCAAUUCAAAUAAUUUAA